UCCAAAAGAGUAAACAUGGUGAGUUCUUCCUCUUCCAUGGUGAAAGCUGAAGCUGAGACACCCCAAGAGCAAGUGUUUAUUAACUUCCGUGGAGUUGAACUGCGCUACAACUUCGUCAGCCAUCUCACCAAUAACUUAAAAAGGAAUGGGAUCAAUGCCUUCAUAGACACCGAUGAGGAUAUGGGCAAAGAGUUGAAUGUUCUGCUAAAGAGAAUCGAAGAGUCAAAGAUCGCACUCGCAAUAUUCUCGCCAAGGUAUACGGAGUCGGAUUGGUGUUUGAAAGAGCUUGCGAAAAUGAAGGAAAGAAAGGACCAAAACAUGCUCGAGGUGAUUCCAAUCUUCUACAAGGUGAAACCUGCCACUGUUAAAAGACAGAUGGGCGAGUUCGGCGAUAAGUUCAGGAAUCUGGUGCGGUCUAUAGACAAGGAGACAAGCAACAAAUGGAGUGAAGCUUUGGAAGAUGUCCCUCUCUUAAUGGGUUUCGAGGUGGACGAGAAAAGACUCAUCAAGAGAGUCGUCAAGGAGGUGAAGAAAGUGCUGAUGAAAACCCUUGCACAUGCUUCUCCCAAUCCCCAAAAAUGUAUUGCGCCGUCGUCGCCACCACAAAGAAACCAGAAAAGCCAUGAAAGCUCUUGGGGAAUCGAACAACGACUUAAGCAACUAGAAGAAAAGUUAAGCCACCCUCGCUACAAGGAAACAACUCGUAUCAUUGGUGUUGUUGGGAUGCCCGGCAUAGGUAAAACCACUCUCGUUACAAAGCUAUACGAGAAGUUGAAGAACGAAUUCGUGAGACACGUGUUUAUCAAAGACAUCCAUAACAUUUCGGAGGCUUAUAAAGAUCAACUACUCAAGACCAAAGUCUUGGUUGUUCUCGACAAUGUCAGUAACAAGGAACAAAUUGAUGUUCUUCUUGGCGAACGCGACUGGAUUGCCAAGGGAAGCAAGAUUGUCAUUUCAACAACCGAUAUAUCACUGACACACAAUUUGGUCAGUGAUAUAUACGAGGUUCCUCCACUAAGCGACAGAGACGCCUUACAACACUUUAUUCAUUAUGCAUUUGAUGAUCAAGAAGACAUUGCACUCAGGCUAGGAAUUUUCUCCAAGUUGUUGAAAGAUUUCGUGCAUUAUACAAAAGGAAAUCCACUAGCUCUCAGGAUAUUGGGUAGAGAGCUUUCGGGGAAAGAUGAGACUAUCUGGGAAUCAAAACUAGCUGCACUGACUCAGCAUCAUAAUAGCCCACCAGGAAAAAACACCAGCAUGAUGCUUCAAAGGGUAUGGAAAGGUACUUAUGAUGGGCUGAGUCAAAAUCAAAAAGAUACGCUCCUUGACAUAGCUUGCUUCAGGUCGCUAGAUGAGAAUUACGUUGCCAGUUUAUUGGAUGCACAUGGUCCAUGUUCCUCUGAUGCUAGGAAUGUCGACAUAGCAGAUCUCGUGAACAAGUUUAUGAUUAAUAUUUCUUCUGGCAAAGUAGAGAUGCACGAUACGCUCUACAUGCUCUCCAAAGAACUUGGUCAAGACGCUUCUGCUCUCGACGGGAAGGGGCGACGAAGAUUGUGGCACCAUCACACGAUAAUUGAUGUUAUAGACAAAAAUAAGUUGAACGUGAAUAAAUUUAACAAUUUGACAACUUGA